AUGGCUUUGAUACACCCGGUUCAGUCCGUUGUCGGUUUCAAUGGCGGGGAAAUUGUUUACGUGGUGGUGAAAAAUAUGAUCGUUAUGUACCGCGUGUUGUACGGUGAUUACCAGAUGGUUGGCCAGUGGGUGGAUGAACACAUAGACACCGUCUCCCCUCUCAGUAAAAAGCCAGCGAAGAAGAGUAAGAACAACGCCGGGAAUGCCGUAGAAAAGACGUCUGCCAAGGGCGGUCCUGUGAUUCCUUCGAAUAUUAGAGCUGUGACUGUAUUUGACAGUGGGAAGAAAUUGGCCGCAUGCACUGAUUCGGAUAAGGCAGUUGUUAUAUUUGAAGUUGAUUUAAACGGUGUGGAAAACUGUUUAAAACUGGUUAAAAGACAACCUUUCCCCAAGAGACCAAACGCUAUAACUAUAGACGAAGAUGGUAAAACACUGCUGAUGGCGGACAAGUUUGGCGAUGUAUACUCCAUGUCGAUUGAUUCUGAGGUGACGGACGCUAUUAACGAGGAAUCGUCACCAAUAUUGGGACAUGUAUCGAUGUUGACCGAUAUCAAAUUCGUCAAGGGUACCAAUGACAAAAAGUACCUUAUUACUGCAGACCGUGAUGAGCAUAUCAAGAUAUCUCACUAUCCCGAGAGUUACGUUGUUUCCAAAUGGCUAUUCGGACACAAGGAAUUUGUAUGCAAUGUAUCAAUCCCAGCGUGGAAACCAAAGUGGUUGGCCAGUGCAGGUGGUGAUGAUUCUGUCCUCCUUUGGAACUGGAUGAAGGGCGUCAAAAUUGGCGAAUUCAACUAUAAAGAACUAAUCACACCAUAUCUAUCGGACUUGCACUUGGCUGCGGCGAGAUUCCAAAACGCCAACAACGACUCUAUCGAAUACGCCGUGGCGAAAAUCGUCGCCUUACCACACAUCCCAUACUUGGCAUUCUUCGUCGAAGCAACUAACCUGUUAGUCAUCCUCAAGGUGUCUCAAGAUGGUGAACUAUCCCAGGCGCAAACGAUCGAACUACCUUUCAAUGUCAUUGCCUUGUGUGAAGAUGAAAACAAACUCCUUGUCGCUUUGGACAACAGAAGUUCUAAUAAUAGGGACUUUGUAGAACUUAUCAGCUUCGAUGAAAAUACCCAAAAAUUCGCUAUUGAAUCCACCGAAUCAAGAUCAAUCAACAGUGCUAUUUCUUUUUCCUUGGUGGACAACCAUGUGGCAAUCACCGAGGUUGAUUCCAUUUAUCCACUAUAUAAUACCAUAUCCCUGAAGAAACAUGGCGAACAUUUUUCUUGA